AGUCGAAUCGCGUCUUUGGAACAGCGCGGACUGUUCGACGUCAUUUUCUCCCGCCCAAUUUUCCCGCUCGGAGUUCGCGGCGCGAGUGAUUUUCGAAUUCUAAAGUGCUUUUUUAUUUUACUUUUUCAUUUGUAGUGUUUCUGUGCACGCGGAUUUGUUACGAUACAAAAAGAUGAGAGGAGCGUCAUAUUUUAUAGCGCUUAUAGCGCUUCUGGCGACAAUCUCAGCCGAAACAAUGGAAGAUUUCAAGAGUGAGUCAGCAGAAAGCGCCAGCGUCUCAACGGAUAGCUCUCAAGAAGAUGAAGAGCCGAAGGAAGCUUGGAUGCGGGCACCAGCAGGUGGAGUGGCAGUGAGAAGUGGGGAAGACGCUCUGUUGACUUGCGUAGUGCUCGGUGCUAGAGGACGACCUGUACUCUGGAGGAGAGCUAGGGAUCUGAUGCCGCUCACUGCUGGGAGUGUCACCAUCACUAAAGAUGACAGAGUCCGUGUACUGCAUGACGACACGGAUGAAACAAUUCAAGGUCCUGGCAUUAUGAAGGGUGGUGACGUUUGGGCGUUGGUCAUAAGAUCGGUAAAACCUUCCGAUGCAGGCCUAUACAUCUGCGAACUAAACACAGAACCUCCAGUCAGAAGUUUCCAUAAGCUUACUGUCAUAUCCCGCGGUCUGACACCGCCCGAGAACCAAAACGUCACUGACAGCUACUCAGCAAACGCUGGCACACCCUCCUCAGUAGCUCUUGCUCACAACUACACCGACUGUUGUAUGACAGCUAACGUCAGUAAAGCUUGUUUAGGCUUCUGCAGCAUUCAAACUAUUUUGGAAGGCACCGGCCAAGACCCAGAGACCUGCCAACCAGACUUCCCCGCUAUUGUUAAGUGCAUGGCAGACGGCCGCAACCACGUUCCAUGUUGCAUUCAAGAACAUGUCCCAGAUAUUUGCCAAGAUGUCUGCCGAGGAGAAUUCACCCCAGUCACCGACAACAUCAAGACGCACUACUCCUGUGCUGCAUAUAUGGAGAAGACACUAGCUUGCAUCGUAGAGGGCAUUGAACUUCUUCCAAGCCCUCCAGAGGAUGUAGAAGUUGAAUCACUAAAUGAAAAACAACUAAAUGUCACGUGGAGUCCUCCAAUUGAAAACACAGAUACAGUAACUGAAUACAUAGUAAAUGUAACUACUUUGAGGUCAUUCGACGCCCACCUGAUCGACCCGUCUGAAAGUACAAUGAAGAACACCACAAUGAAAAUGACGCAAUCUAUGACUUACAAAGUACCAGCUAAUAAAACCUACUUAAUACUUAACGAUUUGCUACCCUUCACGAUGUACGAAAUCACUGUUACCUCCUAUAAUAUUCAUGGUUCGAGUUUACCCAGUUAUGCGAUCAGAUCUCUCACUCUUACUCCUGGCAAAAUGAAGACGACAGAAGUGGCUGCCGCACCAAAACUACCUGACGUAAGGAGCUGCUGCGUUAAUGCCGGCGUUAACUAUUACGGAUGCGUCGAUAAGCUUUGUGACCCCACAAGAACUUUUGAAAUUGGGGUAAGUGGAUGUGUAUAUGUUUCAGGACAUCUCUUAAAUGUGUUCAUAUCAUAAACAAUUAAAUCGCAC